CUCUUCUCCGCGAACCACAAGCUCAGCCGUUUUUCCCGCCAAAUUGACAAUUUCGAGGACAGCUCCGGCGCGCUUCAUCACGGGUCAUUGCCGCUUUAUUGCUGGCGCCGUCAAGCCCGACCACAUAUUAUAUUUUCUUCCAGAGCGGCAAGCGGCGAGCAGCAUUGCUUGUCUUGGCGAGAACCGCCGACGGCUAGAUUAACCACAGCGAAAGAGAUAGCGAAAUAGCGCCGCUCGCCGUUGAUGCGCGGCUGAAGCAAUGUCGCGCAAAGUAAAAGAGGCGCCUCGCGCCCCACCAGCACCCGCUGAGGGCGUCAGCAGCAGCAGAAGCAGCAGCAGCAGCAGCAGCAACAACAACAGCAACAGCAACAACUAUUGCGGCGGCGGCGGCGGAGGCGGCGGCGGAGGCGGUAGCACCUGGUUUGCGUUGAUGAUCAGCCAUGUCUCAUCUCUCACCCCCACGAGGUUACUCACCCUACCUAGAUUACUACUCACCCCCACACGCCUACAGCUACUAAACAGCACCACAUCACGCAGAAUAGGCGUUGGAAUCGCCGCUGCUCUCCUCUUGGCCCUCCUCCACCUCCUCCUCCUCCUCCUCUCCCCCAUCCCCUCCUCCUCCCCCUCUCCCCCCAUCCAAUCACCUUCCGUCCUGUCGGCACACGACCACGUUUUCAGCAGUGAUGCGCUUAGCAGCGAGCUCGGGCAGCAGAAAUUUGCCUCACGGGCAGCGUCGGGCAGGGAAGGGGAAGAUGACGUGCCUGAUGAUGCUUCGCUGUAUCCUGAUUUGGGCGAGAGUUUGCCUGUACUCCGUCGUCUAUACCAGCACAACCAGGAGGCCAUUCACUGGCUUGAGGGCAUGGACAGACGGCUAGAGAGGGACGCAGCACACCUCAACAGCGUGCUUGACCGAGCCAUACAGCAACUAAGCAAGGAGAGGGACCAAGCCGAGGCACAAGCAACAGUUAUCGACCAGACGACAGCAGACGCCCUGCUUGCUGCCACCAGUAUAGAGGAGGCAUCAGCUGCGCUGCAAGAAAUGCAGGCGACCACUGUUGACCUGGGGAAGCUGGCAGCGAGGGAGAGGGGGGAACGGGAUAAGGGGAAGGCAUCGGCCAACAGGGGGGGGACGGAGGGGAAGGAGGGGAAGAAGGGGAAGGAGGGGGAGGGGAAGGAGGGCAGCGGAGUGGGAAAAGGCGUAAGGGAGGAAGAUAAGAGUCCUCUGGUGGAGUGUUUGCGGAUGUAUACUCGGGCACAGGGCCUCGAGAAGAGGUUCCACGCAGCCCUGCAGGUGUACCAGCAGCACGACAGGGAGCUCGCCAUGCGCCAGUUCAUGCUGGCACGGCUCAAAGACCUGGACGGCUACCGCCCGCUGCUGAGGGAGCUGGGGAUCACUGCCGCCCAGGCGGACGCCACAGCAGAGGCUAUGGACGGCAAAAACUCCAGCAAGAAGCGGCUGCAAGCCUUUCUGAUGUGGUAUCCGCUCGUCUCCUCCUGGUUCGAUCGCGAGGGGCCCGACCACCCAUCCGCAUCAGCAUUUGUGGCCAACGCACAAUCCGAUCGCGACGCCAGCCUGGCACGAGCCACGUCAGCAUCAUCCGCCCUACGGGGUUUCCAAGAAAGGCUUCUUGGGGAUUGUGGGCUGCGGUUACCACACAGUAACUGGACGGCACAACAGGACGAAGUUUUGGCUCGGUUUCACACUGUAGCUGCCGCAGCUGGUGCCGAGCCUCAGUGCAUGGAUUGGGAUAAGCUCGAUCCUGGGUAUGUGGAUCGGCCGGGCCUGGAGGCCCCGCCAUACGUCUGGCAAAAGGAUCCAGACCUGUUUCCGGACCAGUACCCGGAGGUUCGGGCGCAUUUCACCUUCUUACUUCGGUAUUACGGGGCUCCUGAGCAGGUAAAACUGUUGGUGGAUCGGUUAUACGGGUGUACAAAUGGGAUGCUGGGCACCGGAAAAUUGCCGGGAGUUCGGGCAGAGUUACUUGUAAAUGUUUUUGAGCCGGAAAAGACUCUCGGGCAGUGGAUGGACAUGUGGAAAGAAACUGAUCCAGGGAUUUUUGUCGUCCCGGUAUUACCCCAUUCGGUCGACGAUUCCCGGGGGUAUAAUGAGUUGGCAUGGAUGGCAAGAGGUGACCUGCUAGUGCUGCUACAGGACGACUCCUUGCCGCCCGAGAGCUGCGAUUGGUUGCAGGAUCUGCUCUCGGCGUUUUCCGCAUGGCCCCGGCUCGGAAUGGUCGGCUAUCGGACGGACAACAUGACGAACCUCGCCGCCCCGACAGCUGGCAAAUUCGCUCGUUUCUGGGCGGAUUUCGCUCGAGAGGAGGAUGAGGUGGAGGGUGGGGGGGAGGAGGAGAAGGGGAGAGAAGGGGCAGGUGAAACUACUGUAGGGGGAAGAGACACGGGAGGGGAAGCGACAAGGGAGAGGAGGGUAGGUGGAGUUAAGGGGAUGAAGAGGAAGGAUGUGGAGACGGGAGUGCGCAUGCAUUUCACAGGGCUGGUUACCGGGGUGCCGCUGGUGGUGCGGCGCAACGUGCUGAGGCGCCUGGGAGGAUUGGAUGAGGCGGACGCCAGGGAGGGGGAGGCGGCUAUUGUUUCGGACUGGCAUCUGGCAACAAGGGUGUGGCUGUCAGGGUACCAGGUUGCUCGCCUAUACCUUCGCAAGGGGACCUCUGGUGACGCUGGUGACUUUGAUCGCAUCUCACGAACUGGUUACCGCCGCGUAACAUAUCGCCCGAGUUUCCUUGAGAAGCCGGAUGCUGCUGUAGAUUAUGGCCAAUACGACGCGUUUUAUACAGAAUAUCACGAACAGAUAAAAACGGAGGUGAUAAGGCUGAAUUUUUUGCUCACUAAGUGAUUCUCAUUGUGGCUGGAGUACAUAGAAAAGCUUUUCAUAAAA